GGUCGCUGUAGGUUUGGAAAUAGCAUCACACCAAAACCAACUACAGCCCUGGGUUACCACUGACAAUAUCCAAAUGUCAUUUAGCGAUAAAGAUGCACAAGACAAUAUCCUCUAAUGCAUUUCCAAUAAACUGCCUUGAUAGCAUGGACAAAAGACUACACACAUCAGCCUUGAAGACUACAGCCUAACACCAAAUGUGGGAAAGAGGAGAGGGAGGAAGGACGGGUGGGUGGAAGGAAGGAUGGAAAGGCACAAAAAAGUAACGGAAAUGGUGGCAGGGAAAUUAAGAUUGGAGUGGGGAUUUGAAAUGAUGACUCAUGAUGUAAUUGACUACUGAUGACUAGGCUACAAACAUUCUGACAGACACACACAAACACACACUUCCUCACAACAACCAUCAAAGAAAGCCAGACUGGAGGACAAGACUGGGCCAAAUGUGAUUAAAAAGAUAACUGCCGCGGUCCUCCUUCUCGAAAACCCAGACAUAUUGUUUUCGUGCUCUGCACCGGGGAGAGGCUACACCGCAUUGGUGGUGUACGACUGUUAUGGAAGCCACCUGCCCCCGUACCUCUCUUUCUCGCCUCGGAUCUCCGCUGACAGUAACGGCGCAGUCCACUAUCAAUUUGCACUAAAUACAGUGAGAGUGAACCUGUAAGACGGGAAGACAUGAGAGGCCAACCGCGGCUGUCCCUGGUCGCCUUCUCGGCAGUGCUUCUCUGUCUGUGCCGCGCAACAAUCGCAGUUUCCAACCAGACACGCGGCGGCCGCUAUGCGCAAUCACCAUCAGCGUCAGCAUAUUCAUCAGACGAGGGAAGCGAGAAGGACGUGGGUGUCUCUCCAAACUCUGGCCAACACCAUAACUACGGUAUUGAUUAUUUCAGUAAGAAUGAAACUAUGAGCACACCAAAGCUGGAGGGGGACCUCAGCCAUAGGAAUGGCACUUCAUCCAUCAACACCAGCAGAGGCAAUACAGGAACCACUGUGAUAUCUGGCAGGCCAGACCAUGUGCAAGGUGGAACAAGGUGGGUCAUGGCCAUGGAGGGAGAAGUGGCACCAAUAUGUGCCUACCGGGUAACAGAGGGGGGAAUCGGGGGGCGGUUGUGUUUUCAACACACACAGCAGGGGUUCAGGUGUCAUCGUGGAGAGUGCCGAACUGUUCAGUCUCCAGGAGGGUCCCUGGUGGCCAAUGUUCUGACCAAUGGUAGCGUGCUGCUACAGUGGACAUACGGAGGUCUGAGGGGAGAGGCUCAAGGGACAACCAAAGGAAACACAGCUAGACAUGACCUAGAUAAACAAGAGACUAAGACUAGAGGAACAAUUGUAGAAGGACAGACAGGGGCCCCUAGGACAGGGCUUGGGGAAGAGAGCAGGAGUUUGAUUGCCCCACCAAAGAGGGUAUUCAGUGGACGACGGGUCAGAAGAGGUGGGUUUGCGCUGAGCUGCUGGUGGAAUGGGAGCUACACCCAGUUUGAGUGCGCUGGUCUUCAUCUUGGCUCCGGUUGCAGGGACUUCCUGCUGACUGAGCUCCAUGAGAACGUCCCCUACCGCAUCUGCCUGCAUCCGCUGGCCUCCACCCUGACCCCACCGCCCCACUCAGGAGGAGCAGGCCAAAGACAGGACCUGGGAGACUGCGUGGAGUUCACCGUCUCAUCCUUGGGCAUGCAGGACAUUGUGAUCGCCAUGACAACAGUGGGAGGAGCCAUCUGUGUGAUGCUGGUCAUCAUCUGCCUGUUGGUGGCGUACAUCACUGAGAACAUCAUGAGCCCCACGACACAGCACUCACACUCCACAUACCACACACACUCUCACCACUAAUGUCACUCACGCACGCGCACACACUUGUAUCCUUGUUAAGCAAUAUCACAAAAAUGUAUUUUACUCCCACAUCUAAAUCAAUACACUAAAAACACAUGUAUGUAACAUACUGUGAUUGAACAACCACACACACAUAAUAGAAAUCUCACACAGAUUCAGGGCAUCGCACCUUACACACGACUAAAAUACAUCAUACCGAUGUGCAAGCUUGUGGAAGAACAAUGAACUAAGCCUCAGAACAGACCACCACACUUUCAAAUACUUUUGAAAUGAUAGGGCUCAGAUAAUUACAUCUCUGUUUGUGUGUGCAUAUUUUCCUCUCAUGUGUAUUUAUCUCAUUAGCCUUUCUGCUAGUAAUCAACGUGUGCUGUAUUAGAGAUAGUAAGAUGGUAGUCGGUAGGCCUACCUAAGAGUGAAACAUUGUCUAUAGUUGAGCAGAGGAAAAAAAAAUGUGUACCAACCAGUAUAAACCAGUAUUUAUAAAGAUUUCUCAAUUUUUUGAUUACCUCUGUUAAGUGGCAAAUAAUAAGUGCAAGCACAGUAGGUCAUUUAAUUUGUGCUUUCUUCAUUUUUACCUCAGAGAGGAUUCAUUUAAUUACUGUCAACAAUUAACCCCCAGGCAGCCAAGAAUGAUAUUCGCCAUAUCUUGUCAUGGCUGUAGAGAGCUAUGUAUGUCAUAGACCUUCAACAGGCUGGUCUGCUCUGCAGUCUGACAAAUACUAUGCCAAACCUCUAUUUUAGGAGGCCCUGUGGAAUCAAUAAAACACACCGAAUAUGUGUGUAUGUGUGUGUACAAUAAAAUAACCUUAAUAUUUGUAUCUGUCCGUCCAUCCAUCCAUCGUACAAAUAAAAUAUAGAUGGCUA